AUGGGUGCAGGACAGAAGAAGAAGAAGUGUUCUAAAAAAGUGAAAUUUGCUGAUCAUGUGGAGAAAAUUAUAUCACCGAAUGCCACUGUGGAGGACAAAAGAGUGGUAUCUGACGAUGGUGUUGAAAGGAUGUUUGUUCACCCUGCCAGGUACCGGGCUUAUACGUGCAAGGUAACAACAUACUCGAGCCCGAAGGUUUUGAAGUGGGUGCGUAACCUGCUGUCUCCUGCCGAGCAAGAGAAAUUUAUGUCAACUACAAUUGGACCCUUACUGCACCUGCCGGUGCAAACGUGGUCUAGUGCCUUGUUUCAUUUUUUAUUGGCUAGUCAGAUCUCCACGGGUGAUGAAGGUGAUAAGGGUCACCGUGAACAAAUGCGCGUAAUGGUUUGUGGAAAGGAACUCUCCUUCGGAAAGAAAGAGUUCGCAUUGAUUUCGGAGCUUAGUUUUAGGAAGUCGGACCAUAAUUUUUCUCGUCCCGCCACGAAGCCCUGCCUUAAGAUGAAGCAUUUCCCCGAUGAAGGAAAACCAGUAACUGGAAAACGUUUGAAAUUAUUACUUUUUGGCAAAGUGGAGGAGGAGGAGGACGACGACGAAAAAAAAUCGAAGAAAUGUAGCAAAAAGAAGGAGGAGGAAAAAAUAUCGCGUGAAUGUCACCAAUCAAGCAACUCUAAUGCUGAAUGUGAAAUUGUCAAAGUCCCACUGGAAUCUGAUGACAAGGUGAAAUUGUCGUUACUAUAUGUUGUCCACAGGUAUGUCCUGGGAAAGGGAGAUGACAAAGUAGUUGAGCAUGAUCACUGGUACCUGGUGGAUAACCUCGUCGACUUCAACUCUUAUCCUUGGGCUGAAAUAGCGUUCAGCAGAACUAUUGAUAAUAGCAAAUCUGCCUUAGAUUAUCAGAUUAACGCUAAAAAGCCUGUUGGAAGUGAGGUGACUUACAAGAGUCAAGGAAUGGCCCAUGUCCUGGUGGUUUGGGGUCUGGAAGUGUUGCCGAAAGUGCUUGAUAAGUUUGGAAGCAAGACUAUUUUUUCAAAUUGGCGCCCCCAUAUGCAUAGUGUUACAUGCGAUUUAGUAAUACACCAUGAGCCUCUACUUACGAUUUUCGAGGAGUCAAAGGGUGAAGUGUGUGAUGACAUUAUGUGGCAUAAAGAAGAUGCAAAGCGUUUGGUAAUGUUGGGGUUAUGUGAAGGUCCCUUGGUAGAUGACGAAGAAGAAGUUUCGUUAAAGAAUGAAAAUGUGGUGGAGAACGGAAAUCUGUUUGAGAAGGGUGAGGAAGAAAAUAUGUUAGAGACUGAAAAUGUUUUUGUGGAUGAACAGGUUCUAGAGGAGAGAAGCAUGGAUGAUGAAGAGGACGAAGAAAAUCUGUUAGGGAAUGAAAAUGUGGUGGAGGAAAAAGAUCCGUUUGAGAAGGAUGAGGAAGAAGCACGUGUGGCACAUCCUCGCUCCCAACUUGAUGUUCUUUGUUCUAGGACAUCAACUUCGGUCAUUGCUUCUUUCGAGUCUUUUGUGAAAAAUGCAAUGAUUGGUCAUACGGAGGAUUUGAAAAUGACGGUGAUUGGUGAAAUGGAGGUAUUUAAAAGUGCAGUGAAGGGUCAGUUGGAGGGGUUAAGUGUCCAGGUAAGUAAUAGCCAUAAAACAAUGUUGAAUCAUGUGGAGUGUUUAACUGCCGAGAUCAAAUCAAUAAAGGAUAAGAUUGGUGGAACCAAUACGUACUGUGCAUUGUCAAAGACAAAAACGGGGACUCCACCUGGAGGACAUAACGAAGAAGGAGAUUAUGAUGGUGCGGCAAUGAAGAAGCCAGAUGUGACUCCUGGCAAUGGAUCCAACAGUAUUGAAUUAAAUCCACCAUAUCCGUACAAUCCUCCAAAUAAGGAAGUUGAUGUGAGUCGAGCUGUUGUUGAGAACCUAAAGAAAGAAAAUGAAAAAGAAAAUGAAUGUGAAGAUGAAUAGAGAACUAAGUUAGGAACAUGGAAACACGCCCAACUGAAGCUGAGAAGAAAUUGAAGGACUCCAAUUUGAAGCUAGUGAAUGUAAGGACUUCAACUGAAGCUGAGAAAUUGAUAUGGAAGUUGUGGAUUGGUGUUGAUGAUAUAUAUUUUUUGUUUGUUUGUUGUUUUUGAUAAAUUGAUAUGGAAGUUGUUACCUUAUUGGAAGGAACUUUGUAACUACUAACUAGUGGCCAGUUUCCUGUUAGACCUGCAUAUGUAUAUACUUCCUUAUUGGAAGUAUAUAUACCUUAUUGAUA